UCUUCCAUCCACCCCCCCGCCCGCCCGAGCAGCCAAACCAGAAGUUCCUCCCGGAGCAAGCGAGCAGGGGGCAAGCACCUUCGAGGGACUCGCCGUCGGAAGCGGCCCGCCGCCGCAGGCAGGCCAGAGGAGAUGUACUGCCAGUCGUGCAAGAACGUGUACGACGAGGAGGACGCCGGGACCUGCAAGGAGUGCUACGAGGAGGCCAGCGAGACGGAGGAGGAGCUCAAGCGCGAGAUCGACGACCUCCGCUCCCGCCUCCUCUUCCUGCGCCUCCCCUCCCCCACGCUCGACGCCUCCGCCGCCGGCCACUCCGACCUCCUCCUCCACGCCAUCCCCGCCUCCUCCUCCUCGUCCUCGCCCUCCCCCUCCGGCGACGCCGACGGGGCCCGCCUCGACACCCCCGCCGUCCCUGCCCACCGCGUCAUCCUCGCCAGCAGGUCUCCAGUUUUCAGAGCAAUGCUUGACAGUGAGAUGGAAGAGAGCCGGAGCGGCGUCAUCAAGAUGUACGACGUGUCCUAUGAUGUCCUCCGUGCUUUCGUCCACUACAUGUACACGGGGGAGGCUCUCCUGGACGAGCAAAUGGCCUGCGAUCUCCUGGUGUUGGCCGAGAAGUAUGAGGUAAAGCACCUGAAGACCUACUGCGAGAAGUUCAUCACGUCCAAGGUGAACAACGACAACGCCAUCGUCCAUUACGCGUUUGCGCACCGGCACGGCGCGAAGCAGCUGCUUGAGGCCUCCAUGUCGGCGCUCAUGGAUAGCAUGCCCACGCUGGCGGAGCGGGAAGAGUACAAGGAGCUCGUCGAGAGGGACCCGAGGAUCCUCGUGGAGAUCUACGAGACCUAUGUAAGCCGACAGGACAAUACUGCCGCCGAGAGGGAUUCAGAUUGCUGCUGUAGAAAGUGAUAGCUGAGGGUAAAAUAAAGCUAUUCUAACCAAUCGUUUGCAUAUGAAUUCAGUAAAGUCCCAGCUAUUCCAAAUAUAACAGCAUAACCAAUCGUUUGCAUAAAAUUCGGGUCUGGUGAGAUAUAUCUUGAUGCUAUUAUGGAUCGUUGCCCAGAUUUCAGAAUGGAUCAAAGUUGACUGAAAUAAUUAUUUCCAAUAUUUUGUA